GUCUCGGCCACGGGUCCCCGGUGCUGCCGCAGCGGCGGCGGCGGGAGUUUGCAGCCGGUCCCCGCGGCGCCCGGCCCCUCCCCGCGCCUCCCUCCCUCCCUCCCGCCCGGCCCGCCCGGCCCCGCCCCGCCGCGCCGCGGCUCAUUCAUGCGGCGGCGCUGGGCGCGGGCGGCGGCUCGGAGCGGCCCCGGCGCGGCGCCUCCCGCCGGGCCUCGGCGCAUGUGAGCGGCAGCAGCGGCAGCACCAGGGCGGCGGCGGCGCCGCAUCGGCCAUGCGGUGGCCCCGCGGCCCCCGCGGCGCCUGGCGGCUGCUGCCCCGGCGCUCGCUGCUGGCCGCGCUCUUCCUCUUCUCGCUCUCCUCCUCCUUCCUCUACUUCGUCUAUGUGGCGCCGGGCAUCGUGAACACCUACCUCUUCAUGAUGCAAGCCCGAGGCAUCAUGAUUCGUGAGAACAUGCGAACAAUAGGAGCUCAGGUGUACGAGCAGGUGGUCCGCAGUGCCUAUGCCAAGAGGAACAGCAGCGUGAACGACUCAGAUUAUCCUCUUGAUCUGAACCAUAACGACACCUUUCUGCAAGCCACAACGUUUCUUCCUGAAGACUUUACCUACUUCCCCAACCAUACCUGUCCUGAGAGGCUCCCUUCUAUGAAGGGCCCUAUCGAUGUAAAUAUGAGCGAGAUCACGAUGGAGGAUAUUCACCAGUUCUUCUCAAAAGACCCUUCCAUCAAGCUGGGAGGCCACUGGAAGCCGAGCGACUGCCUGCCUCGCUGGAAGGUGGCGAUCCUGAUCCCAUUCCGCAAUCGAUAUGAGCAUCUUCCUGUCCUCUUCAGGCACCUUAUUCCCAUGCUGCAGCGGCAACGUUUACAGUUCGCCUUUUACGUCGUGGAACAAGCUGGAAACCAACCCUUUAACCGUGCCAUGCUCUUCAACGUUGGCUUUCGGGAAGCAAUGAAGGACUUGGACUGGGACUGUCUCAUCUUUCAUGAUGUGGACCACAUACCAGAAAAUGACCGUAACUAUUAUGGGUGUGGACAGAUGCCGAGGCACUUUGCAGCCAAGCUGGAUAAGUACAUGUAUCUGCUCCCUUACAAUGAGUUCUUUGGUGGGGUGAGUGGCCUGACUGUUGAGCAGUUUCAGAAGAUCAACGGUUUCCCUAAUGCCUUCUGGGGCUGGGGUGGUGAAGACGAUGACCUCUGGAACAGAGUGCAGUACGCAGGCUACUUGGUGACUCGACCAGAAGGAGACACAGGGAAAUACAAAUCAAUUCCCCACCAUCAUCGGGGAGAAGUGCAGUUCCUAGGAAGGUAUGCCUUGUUGAGGAAGUCGAAAGAAAGACAAGCCCUGGAUGGCCUCAAUAACUUGAACUACUUUCCAAACGUCACGUAUGACGCCUUGUAUAAGAACAUCACUGUUAACCUGACACCGGAGCUGGCUCUGGUGACCGAAUAUUAAGAGGAGAAAAUAACUUUGCUCUGCCCUUCACCACGAAAGCACCACGCUAGACUUUCUUUUCCAAGGGUUAUCGAGGACAAGCAACACUUUGUCUAAUGAAGGAUCACAGUAUUUUGGAGAAUAAGGCUGAAAGUGCACGCACAAAUUGCCCUAGCUGUACCAAUCCAGCCCGAUACUCAUGCAGCAAGCUCAGCAGUCUCUUUCUUUCUUCCUCCACUUGCUUUCUGGGUUUCAGGACAACAGUUUGACCUGCUGCUCUUGUCUCCUCCACAUUCCUCCUCCAGCAAUCUCUGGCACUGGGACUCACCUCGGAUGUGCUUUCUCCUCUGGGAAGCAGCUCAGCUGAGGGACUCCGGCUUCUCCACAGUGGACGUCAGGAGCGAUUCAGUCAGCAACUGCCCUGGUGGGAGAUCAAGUGACUUCUGAUAUCAUUCUUCUAUGUCUGUGCGGUUUUUUAAAUGACCUGCUUGAAGUAUAUACAACAGAAUCCCUUCUUAAAGAAGUGUAAGUGUAAAUAUGCUGUGUAAAUUGCCCCUUUUAAUUUUUCUCCUAUGGCUCAAAUCCAAGCUAGAGGUUUACAUACAGUCACUCAUUUUAGUCCUGAAUUCUGCAAACACUUGUGUGUGCAUCACUGUACUUGUGCAAGGUGUUUGUUCCCUUUUAAGCCAGUGAGACUGCUUGCAUGAUUUAAGCUGUGCAUAUGCAGAAAUGUCUGUGGGACAGGGCCCUAAACUUUCCAGUGUAGCAGAUGAGAAACACAGCCAUGUCAUCACUCAUUCCAGAAACCAUGGGGGUGGCUUUUUCCAGGGAGAGUGAGGAAAUGGGAAUAUUUAUGCUAAACUUCCCUUUCUGUCACUUUUGCAACAUGAUGUGCAAAUGAAUCCAAAAGCCAUAUGGAAUGAAAUCUCUUGCCUGUUGCUCUCUACCCCACGGAUGGUGAGUGUGAGCUUGGCAGAUGACUCAAGAGCUCACAUCCAUGCUGCCACAGGAAGCGCAGCCCCUGUGCUGGCCGCUCCUGCCCAUGUGCCGUCCUUGGGAUGGGGCACUGAGCCCUCCCUGGCCCAGCAGUGCCCUACUAUUGCUCCUAUAACAUGAUGGUACAGUUUGGGAAGUUGUUUUAGUCUGUGUUUAUUGUGGCAGUCCAGCAGCACACUGAGGUGCUGUCGGAGCCAGGCAGUGCACUUGGUUAUCACCACUGGCACAGCAGCGCUUGCACAGGCACAGCCCAUGGGACAGGUUGUCACAGGUUAAUGGGAGCGAGAGAAAUGAAGGACACAUGCAUCAAGCUAGUGAAAACAUGAGGACCCAGAACCAGAGAGCUUGGUCUGACACCCCAUCCAAACUGGAGUGCCCCCUGCCUUCUCCCACCUGCCAUCCCCUCCUAUCCUGUGCUGCUGCGGGUAGCUGGGCUCCGGGCUCUCCUCCCCACUGACACUCAAUCCAGUCCUUCUACAGACCAACACAGUCACUUUUACUGGACCUCUCUGACUUAAAAGUAAAUACGUUGGGGGUUGCUUUUUAAUUUAUGUUUAUACAUAACAACGGUGGGUACUUAACCUCCAAAGUACUUUAACCUUCUUUUAAUUGCGUUGUUUGCCUUCGGUUUCCUUCUCAUGGUUUACAUUGUUUUCUCACAGUUCCAUGGACGUAUGAUCCCCAUACGCAUCUGUUGUGGGUGUGACUGCCCAGGGCAUUCCUAACCUGUAUCCAGAAAACAUUAGUUUAGAAAACACAAGUUCUUGUGUAGAUCUUAUUGGCCGGUAUGAGAGGACAGCAAGCCUGCCCUUGAAAAGCGCUGAUAAGUUUGUAACUUAGGUUUUAAAAUCUCUGAAUUUACAUGUGCUUUAAACUCAUUUCCCGAGGGGAUUCAACCUGGUUAUUUAUAGGCAGAGGUGAGGAUUUGCUUUUUAUGGCGCAUAUAGCAAUAAAGACUUUUGCUUCUGAAUCUCGAUCUCUAAUUCACAUGGACCCUUUUCAGAUGCUGAACCCGCGUUGCUCUGCCCCUCUCUUCUUUCAUCUUGAGACCUUGCUAGAAAUCUGUCUUUGUUUAAUGGUGCUUCAAACAAGGAAUGUAUUUCAACUAGUCCAAGUUCACUACCCCAGGAAUCAUGCAUGUGUGUGUGAGUAGGUGUUUAAACUACCUUAGUCGGGAUCCUCAGCCCUCGAUGUGUACCUGAAACCCAUCGCACCUUGUGUUGAACAAAAAGCUGUUACCUCUGCUCAGAAAUGCACUCUGUGGUUGGCACGAAAGGGUCCAUUCCCCCAGCAGCAUCCCUCUUCAUAGUUCCUUUGUUCUAAUCACGUUGAAUUUUUUUUCCUUCCCCUUUUAUAAGAUGUGGAAUAUCUGAAAAUGUGCACUGUUAAUCUUAUCAGCUAUGUCAAAUACUGUAUAGUAAAUGUAACUGUUAAAAACAUACUGUCGAGCGCAUGUGCUGUUAUGGUGUAAAAAUUCUCGUAUUAAGGAGAACCUGUACAUACUCUGGCAGCUGAAAUUCAACAAGGCCACUCAUUCGCCCCUUCCAUGUCACCACCGUCGCUCAGCCCCGCUGGAGGGCAGGUCCUGUUCAAUGCUGAUUUCUUUCUUUCUUUUUUCUCUUCAAUGAGCCAUGUGGGUUUUAUUUGCAAAACUAUUUAUUGACAGUUAAUAAUUGUCUGUAAAGCUCUGCUUCUCUGAAGGAGGUACCGUCAGAGCAACAGCCACGCGCUUCAAGUCACUCACCAUCAGAAGUGGCUUUAAACUCUAAAGUAGCUUUUCAUCGUCAUGGCUUUCGAGCUUACAGUUCUGUUUUUAAGAGGUGCCAGGGGGACGUUUUUGCACUGAAGACUAGUGUUUUAAAACACACACACACUUCUCAGCAAAGCAAUCCUUUGUGUCAUUACAUUUAUUUACCCAUGUGUUUGUACAUUUUUGUAUUUGUUAAUUUAUGAAUGAUUUUUUCAGUAAAAAAUACAUA